UGGGGCUGGAGCAGGAGUUAACCAGGUAAAUAAGAAGAGAGGAGAUGCAUUUCAUGAAGGAUACAAAAGCAGAUGUGAAGUCCCUCAUGGCAAAGUUUAACACAGGGGGCAACCCCACGGAAGAGGUCUCUGUCAGCAAUCGCCCCUUCAAGGUCCCUGGGCAAAACUCGCCUUCAGGAGUACAAGCAAGAAAGAAUCUCUUUGACAACCAAGGAAGUGCCAGCCCUCCUGCGGGACCUAGCAACGUACCUAAGUUUGGGUCCCCAAAGCCACCUUUGGCGGUGAAACCUACGUCUGAGGAAAAGCCUGACAAGGAGCCCAAGCCCCCGUUUCUAAAGCCGACGGGAGUGGGCCAAAGAUUUGGACCGCCGGCAAACUCGGCCACCAGAGACCCUGAGGUGAAAGUGGGAUUUCCGAAACCUCUAGGCCCUAAGCCCGUCACCGUGCCCAAGGAAGAUGCCAAACCUGUGUUUCCCCGGCCCCCUGGGAAUAAGCCUUCACCUCACAGUAUAAACCAAGACCAUGACCUAAAGCCACCCGGCCCCAAGCCAGGGUCUCAUCCUCCAGCCCUGGAAGCUGAGCAGAAGCAAGCAUUCCCCAAGCUGGCUGGGGUUAAAGGCAAGUUUGUGUCGGCCUCACAGGACCAUGAGCCCAAGCCCCUCUUUCCCAAGCCCGUCUUUGGCCAGAAGCCAUCCCUGAGUCCUGAUGACACCCAUGAAGACGAGAGCCCCACCAAGAACGCGUCUCUACAGAAAGGACCCCCGCCUCCCUUAGGAGCCAAAGUCAAAACUGGCCCUUUAAAACCAGCAAGAGAAGACCAGGAAACUAAAGACCACGGAGGCGAGAUGUCCAGUUCACCCUUUUCUGGGGUGGUUCUGAAACCUGCUGCGAACAGAGGAAGCCCAGGCCUCUCCAGAAAUGCUGAAGAGAAAAGAGAAGAUAGGAAGAUAGAUGCUGCUAAGAACAUCUUCCUGAACAAAAUGAAUCAGGAAGAGCCAGGCUCUGGGGCUCCUCCUGCCAAGUUCCCUAAGAUGCCUUCUAAGUUGACAGCGACAGGGCCCUGGAGCCAAAGUCAAGACAAGGAAAAGGGAGACAAGAAUGCAGCCACCCCCAAGCAGAAGCCCCUGCCUCCCUUGUUUACCUUGGGCCCACCGCCACCAAAACCCAGCAGACCCCCGCACGUUGACCUGACGAAAUUCCGAAAAGCCGCUUCUGGAAACAGUACCAGCAAAGGCCAAACGUCUUACUCAACUACUUUCCUGCCACCACCUCCACCACCCCAUCCAGCCAACCAACCGCCAGUCCCAAGUCUACCUCCCAGAAACAUUAAACCUCCCUUAGAUCUAAAAAGCCCUGUAAAUGAAGAAAGUCAAGAUGGUAUGAUGCUCUCUGAUGGUCCUGGAAAUCCAGAUGAGGAACAAGACAGUGAAGGAGAAACAUAUGAAGACAUAGAAGCAUCCAAAGAAAGAGAGAAAAAAAAGGAAAAGGAGGAAAAGAAGAGAUUAGAGUUGGAGAAAAAGGAACAGAAAGAGCGAGAAAAGAAAGAACAAGAAAUAAAGAAGAAAUUUAAACUAACAGGCCCUAUUCAAGUCAUCCAUCAGGCAAAAGCUUGCUGUGAUGUCAAAGGAGGAAAGAAUGAACUGAGCUUCAAGCAAGGAGAGCAAAUUGAAAUAAUCCGCAUUACAGACAACCCUGAAGGAAAAUGGCUGGGCAGAACAGCAAAGGGGUCAUAUGGCUAUAUUAGAACAACUGCUGUCGCGAUUGACUAUGAUUCUCUGAAACGAAAGAAAACAUCUCUCAGUGCUCUUUCAUCAAGAGCUAUUGAAGAUGACCAGGAGGUAUAUGAUGAUGUUGCAGAGCAGGAUAAUAUUAGCAGCCACAGUCAGAGUGGAAGUGGAGGUAAGCCACACACUUUUAUCAGCAGUUUCUUCAAGUCUUCACCAUUUUUGUCUAUAUUAAUGACAAAAUGCUUUUGUUUGCAAGUAACUUGCUGCCUGAAUGAUCAAUGCAGUAAAAUUAUAAAAAAUCUGAAUGUCCACCAAACGUCUUCACAUUCCACCAAUGAUUCCAUUCUGUUCAAUGCCCGCACGCUCCUAAGCUCCACACUACAGGUUGAAGAGAAGAGUAAUUCGUGGUCCUGGGGGAUUUUGAAGAUGUUAAAGGGAAAAGAUGACAAAAGGAAAAGUAUACGAGAGAAACCUAAAGUCCCUGAGUCAGACAAUAAUGAAGGUUCAUCUUUCCCUUCUCCUCCUAAACAAUCAGACAUGGGAGAUGAAGUUUAUGAUGAUGUGGAUGCCUCUGAUUUCCCUGCGCCACCAGCAGAGCUGAGUCAAGGAGCCAAGGCUAAGACAGAAGAAAAAGACCCCAAGAAGCUAAAAAAGCAGGAAAAAGAAGAGAAAGACUUCAGGAAAAAGUUUAAAUAUGAUGGUGAAAUUAGAGUCCUGUAUUCGACCAAAGUUGCACCCUCCUUAACUUCUAAAAGGUGGGGCACCAGAGAUCUGCAGGUGAAGCCUGGUGAAUCUCUUGAAGUUAUACAAAGCACUGAUGAUACAAAAGUUCUUUGCAGAAAUGAGGAAGGAAAAUAUGGUUAUGUCCUUCGGAGUUACUUGGUAGACAAUGAUGGAGAGAUCUAUGAUGAUAUUGCUGAUGGUUGCAUCUAUGACAAUGACUAGGUCUCGGUCUUGUUCAUUCUGUUAUGUACAUUUGAUGCCAAAAUGAAGUCUGAGUUUUAAUGGACAUGUGAUUGGAUAUCAUAGAAAAUGAAUGCACACAACUACUUGUUACCAUUUGUCAUACAAUUCUGAUUAUCUUUAUGACGUUUUGAAACUUUGGACUUAGAAAGUGAUCAUAACAUCUUGGAAGACUGCAUCAAAGAGAUGUAAGAAUUACUAAAUAUUCCAUUUCUGCCUCAGCUGCAGUUAUGAAGGCGCUUCUUUUAGACCAUCAGUAGACAACGUCCCCUCCCUAAAAAGAAAAAAAAAUUGAGAAGAAAUGACUGUGUUGUCUAAAGAAAUAUGAGGAGGAAGAAUAAAGAAAUAAGGGGAGCCUGGGUGGCUCAGUCGUUAAGCGUCUGCCUUUGGCUUGGGU